AUGGCUCAGGUUCAGGUUCAGCCUCAGAAUGCGAUGUCGGGUCCAAACGGUGCUGCUGCUGCUGCGGCGGCGGCUGCAGCAGCGGCUGGUGGGAAUCAGUUUGUGACGACUUCACUUUACGUUGGAGAUCUUGAUGUCAAUGUUACGGAUUCUCAGCUUUAUGAUCUUUUCAACCAAUUGGGUCAGGUUGUGUCUGUUAGGGUUUGCAGGGAUUUGACCACUAGGAGGUCACUUGGUUAUGGUUAUGUUAACUAUAGCAACCCUCAAGAUGCUGCCAGAGCAUUGGAUGUUCUGAACUUCACUCCUCUGAACAAUAGGCCCAUUCGUAUUAUGUAUUCGCACCGUGAUCCCAGUAUCCGCAAAAGUGGUCAAGGAAAUAUAUUUAUUAAGAAUUUGGACAAGGCAAUUGACCAUAAGGCGUUGCAUGAUACCUUUUCUACAUUUGGGAGUAUCCUUUCUUGCAAGGUUGCUGUGGAUGGAUCUGGCCAAUCAAAAGGCUACGGCUUUGUUCAGUUUGAUAGUGAGGAGGCUGCUCAAAAAGCUAUUGAAAAGCUUAAUGGUAUGCUGUUGAAUGAUAAGCAAGUUUAUGUGGGACCCUUCCUUCGCAAGCAAGAGAGAGAAACCACAACUGACAGGGCAAAAUUCAACAAUGUAUUUGUUAAGAAUCUAUCGGAAACAACCACCGACGAUGAGUUGAAGCAGAUUUUUGGGGAAUUUGGAACAAUUACCAGUGCUGUAGUAAUGAGGGACGGGGAUGGGAAAUCAAAGUGUUUUGGAUUUGUAAACUUUGAGAGUACCGAUGAUGCUGCUAGGGCUGUUGAGGCUCUUAAUGGGAAAAAGAUUGAUGACAAGGAAUGGUAUGUUGGAAAAGCUCAAAAGAAAUCUGAAAGGGAGCAUGAACUGAAACAAAAAUUUGAGCAGAGCAUGAAAGAAGCUGCUGAUAAAUAUCAAGGGGCAAACCUGUAUGUCAAAAAUUUGGAUGAUAGCAUUGUUGAUGAGAAACUUAAGGAGCUGUUCUCCUCUUUUGGUACAAUUACCUCUUGCAAGGUAAUGAGAGACCCCAAUGGCAUAAGUCGAGGAUCUGGGUUCGUUGCAUUCUCUACUCCUGAGGAGGCAUCUAGAGCACUCUUGGAGAUGAAUGGCAAAAUGGUGGUAAGCAAGCCUCUGUAUGUGACUCUGGCCCAACGAAAAGAAGAUAGAAGAGCUAGGCUGCAGGCUCAAUUUGCUCAAAUGCGUCCUGUUGCGAUGCCCCCAUCUGUUGCUCCUCGCAUGCCUAUGUAUCCCCCAGGUGGUCCAGGUAUGGGUCAACAAAUAUUUUAUGGUCAAGGCCCUCCUGCCAUCAUUCCUUCCCAGGCUGGAUUUGGGUAUCAACAACAACUUGUGCCUGGAAUGAGGCCUGGUGGGGGUCCUGUGCCAAAUUUCUUUGUGCCAAUGGUUCAGCAGGGACAGCAAGGGCAGCGUCCUGGUGGAAGACGUGGAGGUGCAGUCCAGCAGUCUCAGCAGCCAGUUCCUCUUAUGCCACAACAGAUGCUUCCUAGGGGGCGUGUGUAUCGCUAUCCUUCUGGUAGGGGCAUGCCUGAUGGUCCCAUGCCUGGAGUUGCUGGAGGCUUGUAUUCUGUACCUUAUGAUGUGGGUGGGAUGCCCCUUCGUGAUGCAUCACUUCCACAACAAAUUCCCAUUGGUGCUUUGGCUUCUCAUCUGGCUAAUGCAUCUCCAGAGCAGCAGAGGACGAUGCUGGGUGAGAAUCUCUACCCACUUGUGGAACAGUUGGAGCCCGACAACGCUGCUAAAGUUACUGGCAUGCUUCUGGAGAUGGACCAGACUGAAGUUCUGCACUUGCUUGAGUCACCAGAAGCACUGAAAGCAAAGGUGGCAGAAGCAAUGGACGUCCUUAGGAAUGUUGCACAGCAGCAGGCUGGCGGUGCUGCUGAUCAGUUGUCCUCACUGUCCCUAAAUGACAGCAGCCUUGUUUCUUAA